AUGGAAGAAGAGCUUGCACUAAGGUGGAGCUCACUAAAACUCACAGAAGCAGAACAGCAGGAGCUUUUCCUUCCAGAGGAAGAAGCCUUGUCUUCCAAAUUGAGAGGUCACUUGUGCCUCCUUGCUUCAAUACUCAACGACAGAACAGCUAACCGAGAGGCAUUCAAAAGUACAAUGGCAAAAGUGUGGAAUACAUUUGGCUGGAUAACCUUCAAAGAAUUUGGCCCCAACAAAUUCUUACUUGAGUUCCAACUUCUAUCCGAUAAGCAGAAAGUCCUGCAUGGCAGGCCAUGGUCUUUUGACCGCCACCUUAUAUGCCUCAAGGAUUUCGAGAGUGAUUUGUCUCCUAACGAAGUGCAAUUCAUCACAGAGCCGUUUUGGGUGCAAGCACAUAACCUCCCUUUCGCAGGCAUGAAUAGACAACUGGGGGAAAAGAUAGGGGAAGCUAUUGGUAAGGUACAUACGGUGGAAGUAGAUGAACAGGGACACAGUUGGGGGAGCUACCUCAGACUCAAAGUAGACGUGGAUGUCACCAAGCCACUGGUUCGAGGUAGGAUGGUUAACUCAGGAGGUAAACAACUCUGGUCUCAUUUCAAAUAUGAACGUCUGCCCAAUUUCUGUUUUAAAUGUGGCCUUUUCAAACAUGCCAAUGGCAAAUGCCCCAACUUUGGUCUAAACAACCAACCCCAAGACCAAUAUGGUCAAUGGAUGAGAGCUCCCAACUCAUUCCCACCUCAAGUUUCAGUGAAGAAGUAUGGUGGUUCACCGGAGAACCAACCUUAG